AUGGACGACUCAAUGGCAGAGUCCGACUUUGCCAUGGAUGCCAGCAGUGACUUUGAGCUUCCCAAGAAAGCUCCUGCCAAGAAGGCUCCUGCAAAGAAGGCUGCCGCUGCACCCAAACCCAAAGCAGCCCCCAAGAAACAAACCACUCUCAAGACCACCAAGACAAAGAAGCCACCGACACCAGUAAGCGACGGCGAGAACUCAGACGCCGACGUUCACUUCGACAACGACGACGACAGCCUGCUCGCAGACACUCCUCCCAAGAAGGCCGCCCCCAAGAAGGCUCCUGCGAAAAAGGCUGCAGCAAAGCCGCUACAAGAGAUCGAUAACGAGAGUUUCGCAGCCGAAGGCGCAGACAUGGACGCUUCCGACAACGACAAGAUGGUUCAGCCCAAGCCCAAGAAGGGCAGCGCCACCUCGCAAUACCAAAAACUCACCCAGCUCGAGCACAUCAUCAAGCGCCCCGAUACAUACAUCGGCUCCGUCGAACGCCUGGAGAAGCAAAUGUGGGUCUACAACUCCGAGAAUGAAGCCAUCGAGAGCCGCGAGAUCAGCUACGUCCCCGGUCUAUACAAGAUUUUCGACGAAAUCCUGGUCAACGCCGCCGACAACAAGCAGCGCGACAAGAACAUGAACGAAAUCAAGGUCUGGAUCGAUCGAGAGAAGGGUGAAAUCUCGGUGCGCAACAACGGUCGUGGUAUUCCUAUUGAGAUGCACGAAAAGGAGGGCAUCUACAUUCCUGAGAUGAUUUUCGGUCACCUCCUGACAUCCUCAAACUACGACGACGACGAGCAAAAGGUCACUGGUGGAAGAAACGGUUACGGUGCAAAGCUUUGUAACGUCUUCAGUACAAAAUUCAUCCUCGAGACGGUCGACUCAAAACAAGGAAAGAAGUACUCUCAGACAUGGCACGACAACAUGACAAAGAGGGACAAGGCCAAGAUCACUUCGGCCAAGGGCGACGACUACACAAAAAUUACCUUCUACCCAGACUUCUCAAAAUUCAAUAUGGACAAGAUGGACGAUGAUUUCGAGGCUCUGGCCAAGCGUCGUGUUUACGACAUGGCUGGAACAUGUCCUGGCGUCAAGGUCUUCCUGAACGAUACCCGUAUCAAAAUCAACAAGUUCAAGCAGUACAUGGAAAUGUACACCAAGGCCAUCAAGACCGAGAGCUUGAUCAACGAAGGAGUCAACAACCAAGUCAUUCUGACUGACAACCCCAACGAGCGCUGGGAAGUCGGUUUUGCUGUUUCCGAUGGCUCUUUCCAGCAAGUUUCUUUCGUCAACUCUAUCGCGACUACUUCAGGAGGAACCCAUGUCAACUACGUCGCCGAUCAGAUCGUCAACAAGUUGCUCGAAAUUGUCAAGAAGAAGAACAAGGGUGGUGUAGCGCUCAAGCCUGCUCAGAUCCGUAACCACAUCUUCCUUUUCGUCAACUGCUUGAUUGUCAACCCAGCCUUCAACUCUCAAACGAAGGAGCAACUUACAACAAAGUCUUCACAGUUCGGCAGCAAGUGUGUGCUCAGCGACAAGUUCCUCAAGGAUAUCGCCAAGACGGAGGCCGUCAACAACAUCAUGCACUUCGCCCAGCAGAAGGCCGAUCAGGUGUUGAAGAAGUCAGAUGGCAAUCGCCGUACCCGUAUGAGCAACACCAAACUCACAGAUGCCAACAAAGCUGGUACCAAGGACGGUUACAAGUGUACUUUGAUCUUGACAGAAGGUGACUCGGCCGCCAUGCUUGCCCUAGCAGGUCGUGCUGUAGUCAAUCAAGAUCUUUUCGGUGUCUUCCCUCUGCGUGGUAAGAUGUUGAACGUACGUGAUGCAUCUAUCGACCAAAUCUCGAAGAACCAGGAAAUUCAGAACAUCAAGCAGUUCAUGGGACUGCAGCACAAGAAGGAAUACACCGACACCAAGAGUCUUCGUUAUGGCCACUUGAUGAUCAUGACCGAUCAGGAUCACGAUGGCAGUCACAUUAAGGGUCUUCUUAUCAACUUCCUGCAAGUUCAGUUCCCCAGCUUGCUUAAAAUUCCUGGUUUCCUUCUGGAGUUCAUCACACCUAUCGUCAAGGUAUGGAAGGGUGAUCCAAAGUUCCCCAAGGCGAAGAAGGACUUCUUUACAAUGCCCGAGUACGAGGCAUGGAGACAAGAGCCUGGCCACGACAAGGGUUGGGACCACAAGUACUACAAGGGUCUGGGUACCUCAGACACCAGAGAUGCCGAGAUCUACUUUAGUGAUCUAGACAAGCAUCUCAAGGAGUUUCACACCAUGCAAGAGCAUGAGAAGCAGUUGAUCGACCUGGCUUUCAGCAAGAAAAAGGCCGACGACCGUAAGAUGUGGCUCCAGAACUUUGUUCCCGGAACUUAUCUCGACAUGUCUGGCAAGGAGAAGAUUACCUACGACGAUUUCAUCAACAAAGAGCUCAUUCUCUUCAGUAUGGCUGACAACUUCCGUUCCAUUCCUUCGCUGGUCGAUGGUUUCAAGCCUGGUCAACGCAAGAUCUUGUACACAGCUCUCAGGAGAAAUCUGAAGAAGGAUGUCAAGGUCGUUGAGCUUGCUGGUUCAGUCUCAGGUUUGACCGCAUACUCAUAUGGUGAAGCAUCCUUGCAACAAACCAUCAUUGGUCUCGCUCAGACUUUCGUUGGAUCCAAUAACAUCAACGUGCUCGAACCCAGUGGUAACUUUGGUAGUCGUCUUCAAGGUGGUAGCGACGCAGCCAGCGCUCGUUACAUUUACACACGUCUGUCACCUUUCGCUCGUCGCAUUUUCAAUGCUCACGAUGAGCCUCUUCUCACAUACAAUACCGACGAUGGCAAGACAAUUGAGCCGGAGACCUACAUUCCCAUCGUACCAAUGGUAUUGAUCAACGGUGCUGAUGGUAUCGGUACUGGUUGGUCAACUUCUAUUCCCAAUUACAACCCUGCAGACGUCAUUGAGAAUAUCAAACUCAGAAUGGCAGGAAGCUCAAAGGCAGACAUGAGACCCAUGCAACCUUGGUUCCGUGGCUGGAAGGGAGAUGUUGAAGAUAUCGGCAAUGGUCGUUUCAAGUUCACUGGUACCAUUGAGCACAAGGACAACAACACGGUCGAGGUCACUGAAUUGCCUGUCCGCUUUUGGACUCAGGACUUCAAGGCUCAUCUUGAAGAGAUCAUCAAAGCUGAGAAGACGCCUUCGUUCAUCAAGGAUUACAGCGAGUACAAUACACCUGAAAAGGUUCACUUCAUCAUCACGCUUGAUGACAAGGGUAUGAAGGUGGCACUCGACAAGGGCUUGGAAGACCAAUUCAAGCUCAGCAGAACCAUGGCAACCACCAACUUAGUCGCUUUUGACGGUCAAGGUCGCAUUCACAAGUAUGAGACACCUCUUGAUAUCAUGGAAGAGUUCUACCACAUCCGUCUUGCAUUCUACGAGAAGAGAAAGCAGUACCUUCUCAACGAAAUGCAAAAGGAACUUGACAAGCUGAGCAAUCAGUCUCGCUUUGUUCAGAUGAUCAUUGAUGGCAAGCUCGUUGUAUCCAAGAAGAAGAAGUCUGUUCUCGUUGCCGAGCUUCACAAACUCAACUUCAAGCCCAUUCCCAAGCUGGCCGAUGCAAAGAAGCAGGGCGAGUUUGAGGAAGUCGUUGAGGAGGAAGAUGAUGCUGAGGAUGCUGCACCUGGUCUCAAUGACUUUGAUUACCUCCUUGGUAUGGCCAUUUGGUCUCUGACCCAAGAACGUGUCGAGAAGUUGCUCAAGCAAAUUGGAGACAAGGAGACCGAAGUUGAUGCUCUUAUCAAGCUCUCACCCAAGGAUCUCUGGACCAAGGACUUGGAUGAGCUUCUCGAGGAGUGGCACACUCAAUUGGAGGUUGAGGAGACCCGUGCUAAGAAGUCGAAGAGCAAGGGCCGCCGCACAUCUCACAAGCUCGGUCUCUUGGGAAACAGCAAGAAGCGCAAGUCAGAAGAUAGCGACGAUGAUGACGAUGAUGACUUCGUUGUUUCUAAGAAAUCGAAAACCGCCGCUAAAUCAUCUGCUGCUUCGAGAACUGCUCCGCCAGCAAGGUCUAAGGUCUCGAAGGGAGCGACGAGCCUGCUUGAUAACUUCCUUACCAGACCGGCCGCCAGCAAGCCACCUGGUGUAUUCCCUGUCGUUGAUGGUAUUGAACAACAACCUGUUGAACAACCUCCGGCAGUCAAGGCAGGUCUCAUCCCACCUUCAGAUAUCACCAAGCCACUGGUGAAGAGAAAGAUGACCAAGCUUGAAGACUCGGACGACGACAUUGAGAUGGUGUCUGAGCCGGUUGCCAAAGCUCCAGUCAGGAGAAUUAAGACUUCUCUGGACACCGACGAUGAGGAUGAAGUCAAACCAGUUGCUAAGGCUGCGGCAAAGCCUGCUGCUAAGCCUGCUGCCAGAAAGAAACCCGUCAUCGAGUCUGACUCGGGGGAAGAUGAUCCCGCAGCUCAGCCUGCUACCGCAUCUCGUGCUGGACGUGCUGCCGCAAAGAAGCCCGUCAAGUAUGCCGCCGACUCAGAUGAAGACAUGUCUGACGACGACCUCGGCGACAUCGUGGCUGGCCGCUCCCUCCUCAGCAACUCUGCUCAUCGUACUGAGAGUGUCGAGCCUGUCGACGACACAGACUGGGCAGAACUCGCCAAGGGCACUCCUGCGAAACCCAUCGCUCAAGCCACAGCAGCAGCAAACUUCUCCGACGAUGAAGACGUAAACAUGGAUGAUGACAGCAUUCUUCUCUCCACUCGCAAACCCCAGCCCCUCAAGACUAUCUCCAAGACUGCGACGAAACCUACUGCCUCCACCACUGCCAAAGCAAAGAAACCAGCAGUGGCACCAGCAAAAACACUUUCUCCCGCUGCGAAAGCGUACGCAGCUAAACAGUCCAAAGCCGCCGCUGCAACUGCCAAACCCACCGCCAAAACAUCUCGCAAAAAGACUUCUCUAGACAGCGAAGACGAAGACGAUGAUCUCGCUAAUGAUAUCUUGAGUGAUGAUAAGGAAGAGGCUACUCCUGCUAAGCCUGCGGCUAGACCUUCGAGGAGAGCUGCUGCUGCUAAACCCAAGGGUAAAUAUGAAGAAGAUGAUUUCGAGGAAGAGGAUGAUGGGGAGGAAGAGACGUUUAAUGAUGAUAGCGAGUAA